AUUCCCACGAUUUUGAACCUUUCCUAAUUCCGAGUUUCUCUUUUCCCCUAAUUCCCACAUUGAACGUGUCUUUGACCCCUACAAGUCCAUUUCCCAUAUAUAAUAUGAUCACAAACUAGAAGCCACAAUUAUUUAAGUUCUAUUAGCAACAAAAAUAACCCCAUCAUCAAAUUUUCUCCCCUUAGUUGAUCAAGAAUCUUACCUUUUUUGUUAGGUUUUUGAUUUUCUUUUACAUUAUUAUGACGUUCUUAUGGCGGAGACGGGGCGGCCGUGGUGGAGGAGCCGCCCGAAAAAAAGGGGCGCCGGAAGGGAUCAAGCCAGGUAUGGAACUCACGGUUCCUACUCAUUUUAGAUGCCCCAUUUCCCUCGAUUUAAUGAAGGACCCUGUGUCGUUGUCCACCGGGAUAACGUAUGAUCGUGAGAGCAUCGAGAAGUGGAUGGACAUGGGGAACUUUACGUGCCCCGUGACCAAUCAAGUCUUGAGAAAUUUUGAUCAAAUCCCAAAUCAUGCCCUGAGGAAGAUGAUCCAAGAUUGGUGCGUCGAGCAUAAGUCCUACGGAGUUGAGAGGAUCCCAACCCCUCGAGUUCCUAUAACUCCGUAUGAGGUUUCUGAGGUUUGUGCAAGAAUGUCGGCUGCAGCUAAAGAUGGAGACGAGAAAAAGUGCCAAGAAUUGGUUGUUAAGAUCAUGACUUCGGCUAAGGAAAGUGAACGUAAUAAGCGUUGCAUCAUUGGCAACGGUAUUGGGUCAGCAUUGGCGGAUAUGUUCGAGAUGUUCUCUCAUUUUUCAGUAGAAAAACACGUGAAUUUGCUCAAGGAGACCUUGUCCGCAUUGACAUGGAGUUUUCCGCUAGGCGAAGAAGGCGUCUCCAAGUUGAAAUCUGCAAUUUCCCUGCGUUGCAUGACCUCGUUCUUGAAGGACGAAGACCUAUCAUCAAGGCAAAACGUAAUUUUCGUGUUGAAAGAGCUGAUUCUUGAGGAUCAAGGUUGUGUGGAUGGACUAGUGGAGAUUGACGGCAUUGAAGAGACAUUGCUUAGGAUUGUGAAAGUACCAAUUUGCCCUAAAGCCACACAAGCAUGUCUAGUGGUGAUUCACAACAUGAUGUUAUUACAAGAGAAGAGUCCCAUGAUCACGUUGAGGUUUGUCCAACUGGGGUUAAUCCCUUUGAUUCUUGACAUCCUUGUUGAUGGUAAUAAAAGCAUGUGUGAGAAGGCCUUAGGAGUGUUGGAUAUUGUUUGCAACUUGGAAGAAGGAAGGGAUAGCGCGUACACCAACGCGUUAACCAUCCCAUUACUCGUAAAGAAGAUUCUGCGUGUGUCAGAUACGGCGACAGCAUUCUCUAUCUCAACCCUUUGGAAGCUAAGCUUAGGAGAAAUUAGUGAAAAUGCAUUGGUGGAGGCUGUGGAGCUUGGGGCUUUCCAGAAGCUACUGGUGGUGCUACAAGUUGGCUGUGGUGAAAGAACAUUAAAGGAGAAGGUGACUGAAUUGUUAAAAAUGAUGAAUUUGUAUAGAGACAAGCUGGAUUGCUUUGAUUCAUCUCUGGGUUUCAAGCAUCUCAAAAGAUCUUAUUGAUAUUAUGAUUUGUUAGGACAAUUAUUACUAUUCUUUGUUCCCUUUAGAGGGGAAUUGUGUAAAGAAAUCAAUACUUAGAGAUUAUCAAUUUUGUCCAAUUUGUUUUUUCUUUUA